AUGCCUUUCACAAAGCUUGUCAAGAACAGCGCUUACUACAGCCGUUACCAAACCAAGUUCAAGCGUCGCCGACAGGGUAAAACCGAUUACUAUGCCCGUAAGCGAUUGAUCACCCAGGCGAAAAACAAGUACAACUCGCCCAAGUACCGGCUCGUCGUUCGCUUCACCAACCGUGACAUCAUCACCCAGAUCGUCACCUCCGAAAUCGAGGGUGACAAGGUCGUCUGCGCAGCCUACGCCCAUGAGCUCAAGCGCUACGGCAUCAAGAAUGGUCUUACCAACUGGUCUGCUGCUUACGCUACCGGUCUCCUCCUCGCCCGCCGCACCUUGAAGAAGCUCGGUCUGGAUGAGGACUUCGUCGGUGUUGAGGAGCCAGAGGGCGAGUUCACUCUCACCGAGGCUGCUGAGACUGACGACGGCACUCGUCGCCCAUUCAAGGCCUUCCUCGAUGUUGGUCUGCACCGCACUUCGACCGGUGCUCGUGUCUUCGCCGCCAUGAAGGGUGCUUCGGAUGGUGGUAUCUUCGUUCCUCACUCCGAAAACCGCUUCCCUGGCUAUGACAUCGAAACCAAGGAACUUGACGCUGAGGUUCUCCGCAAAUACAUUUUCGGUGGACACGUUGCAGAGUACAUGGAGGGUCUUGCUGAUGACGACGAGGAGCGCUACAAGGGUCAAUUUCAGAAAUACCUUGACAACGAGUUCGAGGCUGGUGAGCUCGAGGACAUGUAUACCGAGGCUCACAAGGCCAUCCGUGAGGAUCCCUUCAAGAAGGACGAUGAGGCCGGCCCCCAGAAGAGCAAGGAAGAAUGGAAGGCCGAGAGUCUCAAAUACCGGGCCAAGAAGCUGACUCGUGACGAAAGGAGAGUUCGCGUCCAGGAGAAGAUUCGGGAAUUGGCAUAA